CACCACCACCACGGCCAGCAUGACGUCCUACCUGCCCUACGAUAUCCAGUCGCUCCUGCCGCGCGGCGGGCCCAGCGUCGCCUCGCUGCCCGCCCACGGCGCGCCGGCACCGAGCCUGCCGGGCGUGCGCUUCUCGCGUCCGACGUGCGUCGCCUUCGUGCGCCACUGCGGCUGCCCCUUUGCCGAGGCCGAGGUGCGCUCGCUGCGCGACGUCGCUCAGGCGCGCGACGACGUCGACAUCGUCAUCAUCACGCACUCGGAGCAGGACGUGGCGCAGGAGUGGUUCAAGAGCGUCGGCGGCGACGACUUCCCGCAGUCGCGCGUCACGCUGCUCGCCGACUCGACGCGCGAGCUGUACGCGGCGUGGGGCCUCGGCGCGCUGCCGCUCACCGGCCUCUUCUCGUGGGCCAUGGUCGGCGAGCUGCGCGCGCUGGCGUCGCAGGGCAUCAAGAACCGCCGCACGGGCGCCGGCAGCUGGCGCUGGCAGAACUCGGGCGGCUUCGUCGUGGAUGCGGCGGGCAAGGUGCGCUGGCACAAGGUCGCCACGCACGCCGGCGACACGGUCGACUACGCCGCCGCGCUCAAGGACGCCGGCGUGUAGCCGCGCAGUGUGGGCUCUGCCGUGGCCGCCAGUCUACCCUGCGCCGGCCCUGGAAUCGCCCGUCUUUGCACAUACGGUGACUCGUUGAUUGCCUCACGCGCGGCUCUUCUUGCUCGCACCCGUGCCCGCCGCCGCGCCCGCCUUGCGCUUCGUGCCCUGCGCCGGCGCGCCGCCCAUGAGGGCCUCGCGCACGACGGCG